AUGUCUGUCAAGAAGAGUAUCUCUCUCAACGAUGGCGGAGCUGGGAAGGGUGGUGCAUCUACGAAGAAGACUAAGAAGAGUUAUUCUCUAAACAAUGGUGGGAACGGCCGUGAUGUAGUUACAGCAAAGCGCGGGCGGUUUGAUCGAUGUUUUUCUUUCAUGGAGAUUUCAACAGAACAAGGAAAAUCACUCAAGGACAUGGAUUCGGAGAAGUUGAAGUCUGGGAUCAGGAGGUGGGCUAAGGCUGUUGUUGCUUACGCCCGCCAAGUCAGCGGCCGCUUCGGAGGCACUCGUGGCUGA